GAGCAGCCUGUGUAGUCGUUAGCAAAACCCGACGACCCGGCUGGCACAAGUCGAACGUCCUCUAGUAACCAGGGUUUCGUUCGUACCGAGUCCGCUAACGGUCCUGUAACUCUGGCAGAGCCACCUCAUCACCCGAUCCUACGCGUCAGCCCCGACCAUAUCUGUACUAGUGGCCACUGGCCAGUGCCCGGAAACCAGACACUGAUCUCCCCCCCUUCCCCUUGAAGCCGUCCGGAAAUGGGGAGAAUCUGCGUGAUUCGGUGAGGGGACAGGGGCGCAUGAGCUGUCGUCGCCCACCAACCCAAGACGAGAAGCAUCGGAUGAUGCGAACAGCUGCGAGCUCAGCUUGUCCGUUGAACUCGCACGGGUCGGUGCGCGGUACAGCACCGCAGUGCGGACUAGGGCAAGCACUGCACUGCUGCGCCUACUAGUAGUGGCCAUUUCUACACACACACAGGAAUGGUCCAAGUUUUUGAGAGCCACAAGAAUGGUGCGGGCUUUUGAGGUCCACAAGAAUGGUGCGGGUUGAGAGCCACAAGUAUGGAGAGCCACUCGGCGUUGCACAGCUCAGGCCGGCCACGGUACACCUUUUCCACCCUUACGUCCGUAGCUAUUCUGUCCCAAAUCACCGUAAAUGUAGAAACUGCAGUUCCUCAGGGGCACUAUCACCUACCUUACAGUCCGGUUCUGUGGGUCAAAUUUGUAAUCAUAACUGACCCUUGAACUGCGGGCCACAUUUGUGGUCGAGAGAACAAGGCCAGCUCAGCAUUUACACCAUAAUGUCUCAUUUGCCCCACAGAAACUGGUUCCACGGUUUAGGCUGCCAAAAAAUCAAAAUCUCGAGUGACUGAAAGGUAGACGAGGUGUACUCGGCUCAUACUACGCCCAGCCUGCUGUAUGAGGUAGCGAUCGAAGCUUACGGCGUGAUUUUCGAGCGCAUCCCCGCCGUCUUCCCCCUGGGAGAAGAAAUAUGGGCCACGGGUGGACCGGAGUAGCCCCACCACAGGGUAGUCCUUGAUCCUUGUGCUUGGGCCCGCUCAGACUGAUGCUGACGGCCCAAUCACAACUGGUCCUUCUGGACUAAUAGCCAACCGCUUUCCAGGUUGUUCUACGCAACCGCUUUCAAGGUUGGACUAUACAACCGAUUUCAACAUCGGAUUGUCGAGCCAAAUUGGCUAGAGGGUGGACCUCCUUCUCCUAGACUCUUUCUUGCCAGUAAUGGAGCCUCCAGUAGCGCUCCUUAUAAAAUAUUGGUUCACCUUCUUCCAUUACCAACCUCACACUUUGUCCUCAGCCUCCUAAACCCCCUCUCGUCUUAUACUGUACCCUGUCUCACCCGAGCCUCCUAAACCAUGACUCGUCCCGCCACGGCCGCUGCGCAACCCGGCGAUCUCCCACUCGGGGUUCUUGACCUGCUGAAGGUGAAAGCAGCAGCCCCAUCGCCGGUGCCACGCAACGGGCCGACCGCACAGAAGGGUGUGGCAGAGGCAUUCUGCCCAGCAGCUCCUCAGAUGGCAGCAGGAGCGCCAGUGGCGGGGCUGCCUGGGCUGGCGGUGCUGGAUGCAGCGCUGACUGGCGUUCCGAGCAGCGCUGCUGGGGCUGGCGGCGACACCACCGCUGCGACGGUAGCAGCAGAGACCGCUGCGCCAGCCUCGGAUGGCAUGGCAGUGGGGGCGCUGGACGCGGCGGAGUUCCGCGCACAGGGGCACCGCAUGGUGGAGUUCAUCGCGCAGUACCUGGAGACGGUGGAGAGCAUGCCCGUGCGCAGCACCGUGCAGCCCGGCUAUCUGCGUCACCUGCUGCCACCCCAAGCCCCAGAGCAUGGCGAACCCUUCGAAGCCACGCUCAAAGACAUCUCGUCUGCCAUCCUCCCCGGCCUGACCCACUGGCAGAGCCCGUCCUUCUUCGCCUUCUUCUCCUCCACCACCAGCAAUGCCGCCAUCCUAGCCGAUGCGCUCAUCAGCGCGCUGAACGUUGUCGGCUUCUCCUGGAUUGCUGCCCCCGCCGCCACCGAGCUCGAGACGCUCGUGCUGGACUGGCUGGCGGACCUGCUGGGGCUGCCCGACGGCUUCCACUCCACCAAGUCAGGCGGGGUGGGCGGCGGGGUGAUCCACGGCACGGCCAGUGAGGCGGGGCUGGUGGCGCUACUGGCGGCCAGGAGGAGAGCGCUGGACAGGCUGGCAGCGCAGGGGGGCCUUGUGGACGCUGGUCCAGGUGCUUGCGUGCUGGGUGCAACUGAGGGAGGUUCAUCUGCCAGCAACGGUAUCAAGUUCCCUUGGCACAAUCCGGAGGACGUGGCCCGGCAGCGGCUGGUGGCGUAUUUCUCGGACCAGACGCACGCGUGUGUGGAAAAGGCGUGCCGUGUGGCGGGGAUCCCCGAGUGCAACAUGCGCGUGCUGCCCACCACGGCCGCCUCUGCACAUGCCAUCACGCCUGAGGUGCUGCUGAGUGCGAUACAGAGGGACGAGGCUGCCGGGCUGAUCCCCUUCUUCCUCACUCUCACUGUCGGCACCACGUCAUCAACUGCCAUUGAUCCAAUCGCCCCGCUUGCUGCCAUCGCCAAGGCGCAUGGCAUGUGGGUGCAUGUGGACGCGGCAUAUGCGGGCAUGGCGUGCAUGUGCCCUGAAAUGCGGCACCAUCUGGAGGGCGUGCAUCUGGUGGACUCACUAGCGUCCAACGCACACAAGUGGCUGCUCACCAGCUUCGACUGUACCUGCCUCUGGACGCAGGACAGCAAGCCGUUGGUGAAGGCCCUGUCCAUGCAGCCCGAGUAUCUGCGCAAUAAGGCAUCAGAGCUGCAGCAGGUGGUGGACUACAAGGACUGGGAGAUCCCCAUCGGCCGCCGCUUCAGGUCGCUCAAGCUGUGGAUGGUGCUUCGGUCAUACGGAGCGGAGGGCAUUCGGGCGUACAUCAGGCGCCACGUGGCGCUUGCUCAGUGGUUCGAGGAGGCUGUGCGUCAGGAUGGGAAGUUCGAACUGAUGGCCCCGCGCCCCUUUGCCCUCGUGUGCUUCCGCCUCAAGCCACUGUCAGCAGGCGCACGUGGGGGGAUGGGAGGUGGUGGGGAGGAUGGGGGGAGGGAGCUGAACGCAGCGCUGCUGGAGGCAAUCAACAGCAGCGGCAAGGCCUACCUCACACACACUGUGUUAUCUGGGCACUACGUGCUGCGCAUGGCCAUAGGGGCGGUGAAGACAGAGAUGAGGCACGUGCAGGCAGCAUGGGAGCUUAUCCAAAUGGAAGCUUCCAAGCUGCUUCAGGAGGUUGAAUCUUAUUCAGCAAGACGCUCCCCGCUUGCUUUGGAAGGUGCUUAGCAGUCUUGGUGACCACCAGGCCUCUGGAUAGGAUUUGAAGUACUCUUUCUCAGAAGGGUAUUCCCCUCUUGCCACUUUUUCUGUAAGGCUAGAUUUCAGACAUACUUUGUAAUAUAAGGGUCCUGAAAGUUUGUACUUUUCUGUCAAAUGUAACUUAGGUCGUUACUGUAGACUACUGGAUUGUGCCUUAGAGGGUACAACACCCUAGUUUAUAUACCCUUGUACUCACACAUUCUAGUUC